AUGGCAAGUUUAACUGUGCUACUGCGUCAUUCUGGCAAAUGGAACAUUGAGAAUAGCUAUGUCGAUUAUUCGAUUGAUGGGAUACUUAUAAAGGAAUAUGCGUCGUACAAUGAUUUGGUUACUUCAAUUUCGAAGCAACUUGCCAUAGAUUUGAGCUCAAACUAUACAUUGUUAUGUAUUUUAGAGGAUUGUGAAUGGAGAUUUACGGCUUCUAGUAUUAACAAAACACAAAUGUUCAAAGUGAGGGAGUUCAAUGAUAAGCAUAUAUGUCCGUUGAAGGAUAAGGUGUAUGAGCAACGUCAAGCAACUAGUAGGUUAAUUGGUGGUAUGAUUAGGUCCAAGUUUACUAAUCAUAAGAGGAAAUACACGCCAAAGGAUAUAAUUGAUGAUGUGAAAUCAGACUUUGGUGUAGAUGUUAGUUACAUGUUGGCGUGGCGCGCUAAUGAAAAGGCAGUGAAUAUUUUGAGAGGUGAACCAGUUGAAUCAUACAAUAAAUUACCAGGGUACUUGUAUACACUGGAUAUGACAUAUCCUGAUUCGCAUAUUAGAAUGGGGUUCGAUUACUAUAGACCCAUCGUGGUUGUGGAUGACAGACACCUAAAAUUGGCAUACACAUGGACAUUCGUCUCGGCUAGCACGUUGGAUGGUGCAGCUUAUGGUGAGCGGAAAAAUAUGUGCAUCGUUUUAGAUAGGAAUGAGAGCAUCACCAAAUUUGGAUCGAGAGUGUAUCCUACGGUACCCUNGAGUAUCAUUAAAUCUGUAUUGAGAGUGUAUCCAAAUGUACUGCAUUUUGCUUGUAUAUGGCAUCUAUGGAACAACGUAUAUAAGAAAUUCAAAAAGAGUCAUGCAAAGUUGAGUGAGAUAUACUUCUCGAUGGCAAAAGCAUACACUCAUGAUGAAUUUGAUAGUCUAAUGGAAAAGAUAGAGAAGGUAGAUAUUCGGGUGAAAGAAUACCUGGAAUUAGCUGGAUACAAAAAGUAUGCUAGGUUGUAUGCACUUGUUAAUCGGGGAUGGACUAUGACAUCAAAUAUUGCUGAGUCAAUAAAUUCAGCACUUGUAUCAGCAAGAGAAUUGCCAAUAUACGACUUCCUAGAAGAAGUUAGGAAGAUGUUUGGACGUUGGAAUUGCAGCAAUCGGAAAGAAACUUCACACACGUACACAACGCUUGAGAAAAAAAUACCAGGAGAUCCUUACUUUGAAUGA